AAAAAUUUUUUUUUAAACUUAAUCUGGGACAUGGACAUAUUUUGUGUUUUCAAUGGAUGAGUUUGCCGUUUCUGGAAAAACCUUAUAUGCAGGGAUCAUCCUCUGACUCGGGACCAAAGCCAUAAACCAUUUCUUCCACAAACCAAUUUGCACACAGCUACGACAGAGAAACUCCACGGUGGAGGUGGACAGAGUUCUGUCCAAGGACCCAGCCUGACGCACGGAGACAGACUGACAGACAGACAGUCUGAUGCCAACUGUCUCACCUGUCAUUCUCACUCCACCACUCCUCCUGCUGCUGCUGCUAUGCACCACCCACACCACCAUGGCAACCAACUGGCUCUCCCUGGCAAGGCUGCCUCGCUCCAGGGCCGUGUCUGGUGCAGCUCCAUGUGCACGGCUGAGGGGGCUGACCCCGGGACAGGUGGGGGUGUGCAGGGCGCGAGGGGAGGUUAUGGAGUCCGUACGCAAAGCAGCAGAAAUGGUUAUAGAAGAGUGUCAACAUCAGUUCAGGAAUCGCCGAUGGAACUGCUCCACCACCCCACGUGGGAUUAAUGUAUUUGGAAGAGUCAUGAACCAAGGUACUCGUGAGGCAGCCUUUGUGCAUGCUCUAUCUUCAGCAGCUGUAGCAUUGGCUGUGACAAGAGCCUGCACCCGUGGGGAGCUGGAGAGGUGUGGCUGCGACAGGAAGGUCCGAGGCGUCAGCCCUGAAGGCUUCCAGUGGUCAGGGUGCAGUGACAACCUGUCCUAUGGUGUGGCUUUCUCUCAAACCUUUGUGGAUGAACCUGAGCGUGCCAAAGGGCUGUCAGCAGGGCGCCCACUCAUGAACCUUCACAACAACGAGGCUGGUCGAAAGGCUAUUCUUCACAACAUGCAAGUAGAGUGUAAAUGUCAUGGUGUCUCUGGCUCCUGUGAGUUAAAAACCUGUUGGAAGGUCAUGCCCCCAUUCAGACGUGUUGGUGCUGUGCUCAAGGAACGCUUUGAUGGAGCCACAGAGGUCAGAUUAACUCGUAUUGGGUCCAGGACAGCUUUGCUCCCCCGUGACCCCUAUGUCAAACCCCCCGCUGCCAGAGAUCUUGUCUAUCUAGCACCCUCUCCAGAUUUCUGCCACCUUGACCCAGAUAACGGCAUCCCUGGUACUGCUGGAAGGAGAUGUAACGGGACGUCCCGGUUGGCACCGGAUGGUUGUGAGCUGGUGUGCUGCGGCCCUGGGUACAGAGCGGGCCGGGCUGAGGUAGUGCAGCGCUGCUCCUGCAAGUUUUCUUGGUGCUGCUCAGUCCGUUGCCAGCAGUGCAAGAACACGGUGACCAUUCACACCUGCAGAGUUUGAAAUGGCUUAAACAAGACUGGACAGAGUGCAAUGGAGAACUUCAAAGAAGCCAGCAGAGAGACACUGUAGAAAUCAAAGCAGAAUAAAUACAACAGCUUUCACUCCAAAUGACAUUAAAUGCCUCCCAAAUACAUUUUUUGUUUCAAUAAUCCACUUUCUGGUUAACAUCUGAUUGGAAAGCUUCAGCAACCAACAGUAAAAAACAAAAAAACAAAAAACAAAAUAAGAGAAUUAUUGAAUCUUUCUUCAAAAACAAUUCUCUAAUUAAAAUUGUUAAGGAGAAAUUCACAGACGUGCAUGCACAUACAGCAACAACUUAAACGCUCACCUGACAAAGCUUUUGAAGCUGAAAUUAACUGAAACUAACAGAAACACUACAGCAUGUCACGCUUAUGUCUUAGCAAAUCUUUGAAUGUGUUCUGUAUUUAUGUUUGCUGCUUUAUUUAUUUUUUUAGCAGUUGUGUUCAAAGUAAUGGCCAGAGCCGUUACCUUGGCAACACGCCACAAGCCCACUUCGCAGCAUCUUGAAAAAAAACUUAUGAUUUUAAUGGUAUAUAAAACAUUAAAGUAAGACUAAAUAUUUUAAUAUUUAUUUCUUUUGUAAGUGACACUAGUAUAAGUAUGACAAUGCCAUUUGAGGUGUCCUUUAUUAGAAAUUAACUGACCUCAUGGAGGCAACCAUCCAAUGCUAAACUGAGGAUAGUUUACGCCUCCAUGUAGUGAUUAAUUUUUAGUAAUGACUACUUCUGGUAUUAGUAAGAGUAUUAUCUCUUAUAUAUUGUAUGGA